AUGGAGCCUGUUCAGACGCCAGCGACAAACGGCAUCAAAGAUGAGCCGCGGUUCGUGCUCAUGGACGAGGACCCGGUGAAGACGGAAAAUGGCACCGACUCACCGCGCCUCACCGCCGGCGGCGACCCGGCAUCGGCAACCUUCAAACCAUCUCCCACCCCCCUCCCUUCCACAGAAACACCAGACCCAGCACCAUCACAACCAGCGCCUGCCAUGGCUCAUCCCAAGAAGAAAGGCACCGCUUCCGCUGUUAAGAAAGCGCCCAAGCGCCCCAGGAACGGCGAACCGGGGAAGAGGCCCAAGAAGCCCAAGCCCUCGUCGCAGGGCGCAAACGCCGCUUCGGGCGAGGACGAUGACGACGAGUCCGACAACGGGCCGUACUGCCUCUGUCGCGGACCCGACGACCAUCGAUGGAUGAUUUGCUGCGAGCACUGUGAGGACUGGUUCCACGGGGAGUGCAUCAACCUGAGCAAGGACGUGGGCGAGAGCCUCAUCGAGCGGUUCGUCUGUCCCAACUGCACCAAGGGCAACCUGCGCACGAUAUACAAGAAGACGUGCGCGUUGGGGGCAUGCCGUAAGCCGGCACGCCUGCUGCAAGACCAGCCGAGCGUCUUCUGUUCCAACGAGCAUGCGCAAGCGUGGUGGGAGCGCAUGGUGGGACGGCUACCGAAAGGGCAGACCAAGAUUCCCCUCAACGACCAGCUGUCGCAGGAUGAGUUCAUGGCUCUCCUGAAUAGCACCCUGUCAGGUCUCGAUGAGGAAGGGACGUGGAAGAUGGCCAAGCCCCCGUUUUCGGGAUCGCUGCCAAAACCAUCUGCGGAUGCCAAGGCCGAUGAAGCUUUGGCUUCCAUCCUGAGCGACGAGGAAAAGGAGUUUCUAGAAAAUUCCUCCAAGGCUCGGUUCCAGCUCGGAGAGGAAACGCUUCUCUGCCACAAGAUGCUCACUCUCGUUGAGCUGGCGCAGGAGCGUCGACGCGCCGCCAUCACGGCCGGCCGCUUCGGCGAAGACAUUUGCGGCUACGACUCCCGACUAGACACCAUCUCGGCGCGCGACGCCUUCGCCGCAUACGUCAAGUCCUCCGAGGGCGAGGCCACGUUCAAGGAGUCCAAGCUGAGCGACCCGCUGGGCGAAGGCGACGAGGUGCGCGGCAUGUGCGAGCGCAAGAGGUGCAAGGUGCACAGCGGCUGGCAGAAGAUGCUGCCCCUCGGCAUCAAGUACCAGAUCCGCGAGAUGGCGAGCCAGGCGGCCGAGGUGGGCGAGGAGGAGCAGAACGUGAGGGAGGCGGCCGGCGAGAGGUGGAAACGCAAGCAGGCUGAGCAGAACUGGGUAGAGGUUCUGGAGUGA